CCAUUACACGCGCGCCUCUGCCUGUCACCGCACGUACACGCUCGCGUCCUCGUCCUCUUUGCUGCUGAGGGUCUGACAUUCCUAUUCGUUUCACGCGCUUCGGUAUAUAAAGGCUCCCUGUUCUCGCACAUCAUGUCUGUGUCACCUGACAAACGACGAAAGAUGGAGUCAGCUUUAGAACAGCUGAAGAAAUACACUGUGGUGGUUGCUGAUACGGGUGACUUCAAUGCCAUCGACGAGUACAAGCCUCAGGAUGCUACCACCAACCCCUCUCUCAUCCUGGCCGCUGCCAAAAUGCCUGCCUACCAGCACCUUGUGGAUCAGGCCAUCAAAUACGGCAUCGCUAAGGGCGGGAGUGAGGAGGAGCAAGUUGACAACAUCAUGGAUAAGCUUUUUGUGAACUUUGGUGUGGAGAUCCUGAAGAAGAUCCCAGGCAGAGUCUCUACGGAGGUGGAUGCCAGGUUGUCCUUUGAUAAAGAUGAAAUGGUGGCAAGAGCAAGACGGCUCAUUGCCCUGUAUGAGGAUGCUGGUGUGAGCAAGGAUCGAGUGCUGAUCAAAUUGUCUUCAACCUGGGAGGGAAUUCAGGCUGGCGGGGAGCUGGAGGACAAGCAUGGGAUUCACUGCAACAUGACGCUGCUCUUCUCCUUCGCCCAGGCGGUGGCCUGUGCUGAAGCCAAGGUCACCCUCAUCUCCCCCUUUGUGGGCCGUAUUCUGGACUGGCACAAGGACAACACAGACCGCAAAAGCUACGAGCCCCAGGAGGACCCAGGUGUGGUGAGUGUCACAAAGAUCUACAACUACUACAAGAAGUAUGGUUACAGCACAGUUGUGAUGGGCGCGUCCUUCAGGAACACAGGUGAGGUGAAGGCACUGGCCGGCUGUGACCUGCUCACCAUCUCCCCCGGGCUGUUGGGAGAACUCAGCCAGGACCACUCCGCGGUGAAGCCCUGCCUCACACCACAGAUGGCCAAGGCCUGUGACUUGGAGAAGGUGCAUCUGAAUGAGAAGGAUUUCCGCUGGACGCACAAUGAGGACCGCAUGGCUGUGGAGAAGCUCUCAGACGGAAUCCGCAAGUUUGCAGCUGAUGCCAUCAAGCUGGAGACGAUGAUUAAGGAGAAGAUCCUUAAUGUAAAGAAUGGAAAAUAAAGGGGCAAGCACCUGCGGGACCAAUCUCACCCCCCCUCCCUCAGCAGACCAGAACUGCACCGUCCACCUACUGGUUGGGAUUUACUCUGACUACUGAUAGGUCUCUAUUAAAGCAGGCAUUAUUCAGCUUUAGACUUGACCCCAAUAAGACUUGCUAGAAAUGGACCUCCUGGUGAGUCUGUCAAAACUAAAGUCCUCAAGGAUAGACUAAUGUCUAGCUCUGCUGAGCAGUGACAUUUGAAAUAGCGGACCAACUGCCUUGAACUUGAGGCACUGAUCGAUCACCCUCCAUAAGGACUGAUCCCUACUGCAACUGUGGAUCUAUGACUUGAAUAUCUCAAAAUUAUGACCAUUCCUAAGAAACGAUUUUUUUUUUAUCAUGUUUAUGAUUUAUAGCCCUGUCAUUAAAAACCUGCCAUUAAAAACA